AUGGAGUCCUCCGCGUCCACCGAGGUGGAGAGCAAAGAGCGGAGGAAGAUCCAGUUCGCCGUCCCGGCCUCGGCGGCCACCAACCUGGACCCCCGUCAAGUUGAGAUGAUUCGGCGCAGGAGGCCGACGCCCGCCACCCUCUUCAGAGUAGCCGACCAAGGCUCGCCUGAAGACGAGCAGACCGGCCAUCAGGUAAAGUGGGUCGUGGGUGAGAACGGCGUCCUCAAACCAAAGCGAGUCAAUCCAAACCUGUACCAGCCUCCGUCACUUAAAGCUGUACAGAAGAUGGCCGAAGCGCACAUGCAGAACCUCGGCGUUCGCCCUCCUCUGGAGCACCCUCGCGAGGGCGAGGAGGACGACGACCUCUGGGAAGGAGCCGCCGACCAGCAGGAGUCGGUGAGCGGCGGGCCGCCGGAAGCGGCGGCCGGCGCCCAGGAGAGCCGAGGGCCGAUCCGGGCCUCGCGGGCGGAGGAGGAAGUUGAGGAAGAGGGCCCGACGACAGAGGAGAGCAAGUCGCUAGGGACUAAAUGA